CUCAUUUUAUGGAUAUGACUACGAAGAGUUCAAUACUUCUCCUUGUUCUUUCAUCAUUUCUAAUGCACCUCUCAAGUUCUAAGGCCGGUCAAAUCGCUAUAUAUUGGGGUCAGAAUGGAAACGAGGGCACGUUAGCUCAAACAUGUGCCACAGGGAAAUACGAUAUCGUAAACCUAGCUUUCCUAGCCACGUUUGGGGAUGGGCGACAACCAAUGGUUAACUUAGCCGGCCAUUGCGAUCCCUAUACAAACGACCCCUACAGCAACCCGUGCAGUAAUUUGAGCUCGAAUAUAACCUCUUGCCAGUCGAAAGGAGUCAAGGUUAUACUUUCUAUUGGAGGAGGUGCCGGAGCCUAUUCGCUAGGCUCAGCGACGGAUGCAGCACAAGUUGCUACUUAUUUAUGGGACAACUUUUUUGGUGGGAAGUCGACUACUCGUCCUCUCGGGGAAGCAAUUCUCGACGGAAUUGACUUCGACAUAGAGCAAGGAAAUGGCCAAUAUUGGGAUGUGUUGGCGAAAACCCUAGCCGGAUAUAGCAGAAAGGGGAAGAAAAUAUACCUAACCGCAGCUCCUCAGUGUCCAUUCCCUGAUGCUUGGAUUGGGGGAGCCCUUAAAACCGGCCUAUUCGACUAUGUUUGGGUUCAAUUCUAUAACAAUCCUCCUUGCCAAUACAUUUCGGGGAAUUUGACUAAUCUCCAAGAAUCGUGGAAGGUAUGGACUUCAAUUGUUCCCGCAAAGAAGAUUUUCUUGGGUCUUCCAGCUGCAUCUGAUGCAGCCGGGAGUGGUUUCAUCCCAGCCACAGAUCUAAUGUCAAAAGUGCUUCCGGCCAUAAAAGGCUCAAACAAGUACGGAGGUGUGAUGUUGUGGUCUAAGUAUUACGAUGAUCAAAGUGGAUACAGUUCUUCGAUCAAAAGCCAUGUCUAGCGAACAUAGCAUUAAACCUUUGCCUAAAAAGCGAGUACACGAUUUAUCAUCUACAUGUGUGUG